ACGGAAGUCGGAUUUAGCAUCAUUACAGAAGUGUGUGACGUGGACGAACAGCCAUCUUAUGAGAAACAUUAAGGAAAACAUACGAUUUUUCCAGUAAUUAAAGAAGUAUCGUUGUUGGCAUCUCAAGGAUGUCUGAUAGUCGGUCUGUACACCAGUCCAACUAUCGUGGCUGGUUGUACAAGUGGACGAACUAUUUGAGAGGUUACCAGAAGCGUUGGUUUGUUCUGCAAAAUGGACUUCUUUCCUACUACAGAAAUCAGGCAGAAAUGGCUCAUACCUGCAGAGGUACAAUUAAUCUUGCAAAUGCCUACAUUCACACAGAAGAUUCCAAUACAAUAGUCAUCUCUAACAGUGGUACCCACACAUUUUACCUGAAGGCGACAUCAGAGGUGGAACGUCAGAAAUGGGUGACAGCCUUAGAACUUGCCAAAGCCGAUGCUAUCAAGCUUAAUGAACCUGCUGACAGUGAUGAAGAGGUAGAACCUGAGCCUGAUAAGAAUGAGUUACAGAAUAUGGUAAAAACAUUGACGUCCAAACUAGAGGACAUGAAUACGUGCAAUGAUUUGAUUGCCAAGCAUGGCAGUGGUCUACAAAGAGCACUAACAGAGCUGGAGUCAAUGGAUAACCCUAGUGAAGCUGGAGGAAAACUGAAGGUCAUCAAUGAAAGAGCCACCAUGUUCAGGAUCACCACCAAUGCUAUGAUCAAUGCCUGCGGGGAGUAUCUGGACGUGGCCCAGAAUCAGGUGAAGAGGCUACAGAAGAUCGUUAAUUAUGAACACGAACAAAGGAUGAAGUUAGAGGAGAUGGUGGAACAUCUGGCCAAAGAACAGGUCACCUUAGAAGCUAAAGCCAAACAAUCCAUGGGACAGGCCCCGAUCAAGAAAGGACCUGGGGGGUCAGAUGAUGAGGAUUUCUUUGAUGCUUUGGAUUACCAGGCUGAGGAAUUUGAAGUGGCUCUUCCACACACACAGACAAAACACAGACGUACAGACAGUAGUUUGAGUUUUGACAGUCAGGCUGAUGAGCGCAGUAGUGACCUGAGCAGUGAGGAGGAGUCUGAGGGACAGGAAGCCAGGGUCUACUCCCACAAGUCUAAACAGGCCGCCUCCAAACAGCCUACAGCAAGUGUGAAAUCCCGAGUAAAGAGAAAUGCCAGUGGAGAUAUGAAAAAGAAUGGGGACACUCAGCUGGCGGUAGCUAAACCACAACCAGUCCGAAAAGGAGCUCGUGUCAGACGAACAACGAUCCCACCCAAGCCAAACUACAGCCUGAAUCUGUGGAGUAUUAUGAAAAACUGUAUAGGAAAAGAUCUCUCCAAAAUCCCUAUGCCUGUAAAUUUUAGUGAGCCGUUGUCCAUGUUGCAGCGUUUGACCGAGGACUUUGAGUACGCGGACUGUUUAGAUCGAGCAGCAGCCUGUGAGGAUUCUGCGGAACAGUUGGUCCACGUCGCAGCCUUUACGAUUUCCUCUUACUCCACAACCACCCAUCGUAACACAAAACCAUUUAAUCCACUUCUAGGAGAAACAUACGAGUGCGACCGUACUGAUGAUCUGGGCUGGAAGUCAUUUGCUGAACAGGUGGGCCAUCACCCGCCUCUGGCCGCGGUGCACAGAGAGGGACGAGAAUGGAUACUCUACCAGGAGAUGGCUAUAGCUAGUAAAUUCAAGGGCAGUUACUUUCAAAUCACACCUCAGGGUAUAGCCCACCUUGUGUUUAAGAAGUCAGGCAAUCAUUACACCUGGAGGAAAGUCACCACAACUGUCCACAACAUUAUUGUGGGCAAGUUAUGGGUGGAUAACCAUGGUGAAAUGGAUAUAACCAAUCACAAGACACAGGAUAAAUGUCAUCUCAAGUACUCGGCUUAUAGUUACUUCUCCAGGGAAAUCCCGAGAAAGGUUACUGGGGUGGUCACCGAUCAAGAUGGCGCUGCUAAGUGGGUCCUAACGGGAACCUGGGACAAAAGAAUGGAAGCCGCCAAGGUGGUGCACAUUGAUGAAUCUAACAAAGGAAAGCCCGUGUUUGAGACAGGCCCACAUAUCUGUAUCUGGGAGAAAAGACCACUGCCUCCAGGAGCAGAGAAGAUGUAUAACUUCACAACACUAGCUGUGACCCUUAAUGAGCCAGAGGAUGGCGUUGCACCGACAGACUCUAGGCUGAGACCGGACCAGCGGGCGAUGGAGGAGGGAAAUUGGGACGAAGCCAAUAAAUUCAAACUACAGCUGGAGGAAAAACAGAGGGCUGCCAGGAAAAAACGGGAAGCGGAGGCAGAGGAGGCUGCUAAAAGGGGAGAAACAGUUAAAGGUUACCAGGCUGUCUGGUUUGAAAUGAAACAAGACCCUAUCACGGGAAGUCCUAUACACAUGUACAAUGGACGUUACUGGGACUGUAAAGAGAAAGGGGACUGGUCAGUCUGUCCUAACAUAUUCUUAUAGCUGAUGUAGUCACUUAGGAAUUAUUUUAUUACCAAAGUAAUCUGAUCAUGACUGACUUCUAUCAAAUAGAGAUGCAGGUUUAAAUUGUGAUAUGAAAAUUAAAAAAAUAAAUCCAUCGUUUUUUAAUAUAUUAAGUAAUUGAUUAUAAUCCAUGUCUUCAGUUGUUUUUGUGUAGUAGAGCAAUGUACUGUGAGUGUGUGUGAGAGAGAGAGGAAGAGAGAGAGAGCCCACUUUAUAAGUUGCUGAAGAGACUUUAGGUCACCCAAAGCAAUAACAGCAAGUUUAUGAUAAUCCCCAUUGAAGCAUUCAUCCACAGGUUCACGGUUUAUUUUUAUUUAUCUUUUACAAUUGAUUCAGUUCAUUCAGUUUGGUGCCAUAUUAUACCUGUAUUUUUUACUCCCUGUACAGUCAAUUUCUUCUGUUCCCGGCCUCAUGUUUUUUGUACUGGCUGUACAGUAGAUUCUGUCUAUCCAUGGCCCUUUUUAUAUUGUACUUUACAGUAGAUCCCAACUUUUACUGGUCAAAGAACUCUGAAUUUUUAUUGUUACCCAACAUUCCUUUCUUGCCUUUGUUUUAUUUAUUCCAGUCUUUUUUUUAAAAUAUGAUUUAAAAGCUGACCAUUUUUAUGACAUGAAGCAGAAGAUGAUGACAUGGUAGUGUGAAUUUAUAGAGGUGUUGUGAUGUUCAUGUGGCUUUUGCUCAGUAUGCAUUGAUGCAUUACCUAGUGUAGCAAAUGUUCAUUUUUAUGCAAUGAAUAUAUCAAAGGUUGACUUUUUAUUCCCAUCAUUUAACAUAAAGCCUUUGUAAAUCGUUGAUUUUGUGUAAAUUCAGACAAGAAUUAGUGUAGAGAGUAGGAACGAUAUGUGAACACAUGCACUGCGUAUUGUUGAUUAUGUGUAAUCUAUGUCAAUAAGAUAUAAUUUGGGAUUGCAAUAUUGUGAUUGAAUUAUAUC